AUGGCGUGUGGCGGCGGCUGCUGCUCCAGCGCGGGUCGCCUGAACACGGACAACGCGCGGUUCCUCCUGCUGGCGGUGCUGAUCGUGCUGUACAUGCUGUGCGGCGCCGCCGUCUUCUCGGCCAUCGAGCUGCCCACGGAGCGGGAGGCCAAGGAGCGCUGGGAGGAGCGGCUGGAGAACUUCACCCGGCGCCACAACCUCAGCCGCGCCGAGCUCCGCCACUUCCUCCGGGAGUACGAGGAGGCCAGCGUGGCCGGCAUCCGCGUCGAUGACAUCCGGCCCCGAUGGGAUUUCACCGGCGCUUUCUACUUCGUGGGCACCGUCGUUUCCACUAUAGGGUUUGGUAUGACCACCCCAGCCACCGUUGGAGGCAAAAUCUUUCUAAUAUUUUAUGGCCUUAUAGGAUGUGCAGGGACCAUUUUGUUCUUCAACCUGUUCCUGGAGCGCUUGAUCACUGUCAUAGCCUAUGUCAUGAAGUCCUGCCAUGAAAGACAGCUGAGGAGGAAAGGGGUCCUCCCUCACAACGGCCGGCGGGGCUCAGGGACCUCUGAGGUGGACAGCCUGGCAGGCUGGAAGCCCUCCGUGUACUACGUCAUGCUGAUUUUAUGUGUAGCAUCACUCAUAAUUUCUUGCUGUGCCUCUGCAAUGUACACACCGAUUGAAGGGUGGAGUUACUUUGACUCACUUUACUUCUGCUUUGUGGCCUUCAGCACCAUUGGUUUUGGUGAUCUGGUCAGUAGCCAGAACACCAAGUAUGAGAGCCAAGGCCUUUAUCGCUUUGGCAAUUUUGUGUUCAUACUCAUGGGGGUUUGCUGCAUCUAUUCCUUAUUUAACGUGAUCUCUAUUGUUAUCAAACAAUCCAUAAACUGGAUAUUAAGGAAGCUGGACUGCAGGUGCUGCCACAGAUGCCAAAGAAAAUUAUUCCGUUCACGGAGGAACGUGGUGAUGCCGGGAAACGUGCGCAGCCGGAGAAACAUCUCCAUCGAGACUGAUGUUGUCAAUGAGAGUGACACAGACGGGCGCCGGCUGUCAGGAGAGAUGAUCUCCAUGAAGGACUUCCUGGCCUCCAAUAAAGUCUCACUGGCCAUCAUGCAGAAGCAGCUGUCGGAAACUGCUAAUGGCUGUCCGAGGCAAAUGAGCUCUAAUUCAAAGCAAAAUGGAUUCUCUGGUGGGGUUGGAGCCCUAGCAAUUAUGAAUAACAGACUGGCAGAGACAAGUGUGGAUAGGUAAAAUAAUAACAGUAAUAACAGUGAUGGAGUGUGAACCAUUUCAACAAAUAUAGUAAGAACACAAAUAAAGGGGCAGUAGCUAGGAAGAGAGUGUCGCCGGAGGGUGGGAUGGAUGUGAACAAUAUACCUCCUGUUGGAAGACCUCUGACACUUGUUGGGGCUGUCACUUGAUGUCUUUGCUCUUUGAUUUACACCAAUCUCAGCCUUCGUUCCUUCCCGUUCCUUCUGUUCCUCUAACAGGGCACUGCAAGUGAAAUUUAAUUUAGCCGUCAGAUCAAUUUUUCAUGUCUUGUUUUCCUCCAUUUAAGUGAAAUACAGAUUUCAGGAUAAGAAAUCUGUGGAAUGGGAAUAUACUAAAUGUGUCUACUGAACACAUUCUAAAUUCAAAGAUUGUUCUGAGCUUUCUGUCUUACCCUUGUCAUACCUGUUUUCUGAAAGUAGCCAAGUAGACCAAAAUCAGCCUUUCUCUGUGAUACUGCAGAUCUAAUUUAGUGGAAUUAAAAAAACAAAAUAUUUUAUUUUAUAUAUCACUUUAAAAAUUUAUUCCUAUUGUGAAACAGCUAGGCUUGAGAAGCCAGCUUCUGCUGCCAUUAGUAUUUGUGCAAAUCUGGAGUAAUUGUAUGAAAAUUGAUAGGACUACUCUGGAGCUAUUGUGAUGUGAAUGAGAAGUUUGCCUUUAAAAUCUAAUUUAAUCUUCCCUUUAAAAGGAUACUGUCAAACGUGAUAGAAUAAAAAUCUAUAGAACUUUUCUUACCUUCUUCCCAUUUGCAAAACAUGAUUUUUUUCCUAGGCUCCUUUUUCUUCUGGAAUGGAAUCACUGUGGCUUUCUGUUUCAAAAAUACCGUAUUCAAUUGAAAACUGCCAUGAUGACGAGUUCUAUGAAUUAUUCCACAAUAACAAUUAGAGACUUUUCCAAAUUUCUAUUCAUAUGAUGCUCAAUUGUGGCUGAUGCAAUAGAUCAUCAGCAUUAUGCAAUGCAACUAGUAACUUAAGUUUACUCGGCAGCCUUUAGGAUGCAAUUAGAUUGCCAUGCCAACAGUCUGUGUGUUAAUUAUAAAUUACUGUGAGCACAGAAACACUUUGGCAGUGUCCUUUUUACCUUUUCAUGUACUUCUCUUAUUCUUAGCCUGUUUUUCUGGCUUGUGGUGAUGAAAAUGACAGGGUCUUGAUUAGGGAAAUAGAAAAUGUUUAGCUCCUCGUUUUUCUCAAUGAAGCACUCUGAGUGUUCAUUAUUACUAGAAAGGAAAUUUCAGUGAGAAGAAUAAUAACAGAAGAAUAUGAAAACAGAAAACAGGGUGAUCUUUAAUGACAGUUAAAUCAUGCUUUGUUUUAGGUAUUUGGAGAAAUAAGGAAUUAAAUUAACAUGAAGUUUAGCAAGGAUUAAAGAAAGACUAGGCUGAAUUCCUGAUUCUCCUUUAACAGUGCAAUGCAUUAAAGAUAAAAAGUAUAUGAGUGUAAAUAAGCAGAAUUGGUCACAAAGGACCUGAUUCAGUUCUCCAUGGAGAGAACAGUACAUGCAUCAGGAAUAAAUGUUUUCUUACAGCUAGAAAACCUUGCAGAAUACUGCAGUUUUAAGAAAUAUAAAACACCAGUAUGCAGUUCUUAAUUUCCUUAGAAUCCUAGAAUGGAACAGUGCAGGUAGCCUUUUCAGUUUAAUUUGUACUAGGAAUCAAUGAGAGAUCCUUUCUCUUCAUUCUGACCAAAAGUUCUUUUCUUUAGGUACCUAAUACUGUAGGAUAACAUUUUAAUACACAUUUUAAGCCAUAUGUUAAUUUUAAAAAGCCAUACCUCUUGGAUUCCUCUCAUAUAAUAAAAUAAAUAUGAGAUUAAACAACUAUACUUAACUAGUAAAAAGUAUUGCAAGCUCUUUUUGACAUGUUACAGCUAAAAUGUCCUGAUUAAAAGUAAAAUCCUGCUGUGCAUAGGAAUGAGGAGAGCUUCAAGCUCAAGCCAUUAGUCCAAAUUCUGGUAUCGGCUCAGCUGUGCAGCAGUGGAUCUCUCUAAUAAUAAAUAUCCCUUCAUAUUUGCAGCCAUGUAAAAUUCAAAUCAGCUCCCAAACUUUAACUUUGGUGAGAAAAGCGGUCUGACCUGU